AUGCCAUGGGAUAACACGCAAACUGACCUUGGGAACUUGACUUGGAAUUUCAAUAAAUUCUUAGAUCCUGAGGUCAUUGAAUUACACCACUUGUGCAGGGUGUUUGCCCUUGCAGAAAUCCCCCUUCGCGAUCAUGGCCACGUGUGGGUCACCAUAUCACUAGAUCAUUUAACUCAAGAACCGGAUGCCCUCGGAUAUGAUUCUAACAAUGAGUGA